AGAGAGAAAAGGCAAAUUCCAGAUCACUCUCCAUAAGUAUACAACAAAGUUUCCAAAACCAGGUUAAAUUAAAUUCACAAUACCUGGACAUAAAAUAAUCCUUUCUAAUAAUUAAUUAAUUACUCCAUAUAAUUCAAGUCAACACUUUUUAAUUAUUACCCACUAAACCCUCCGCUAAUCCCAUUCAAAUCAUUUCAAAAAUCAAAUUAUCCCACCACUAAACAUGUUUACAUGUUCCAAAAGGCGGGGUUAAAUAAAAAUCAAAAACACCCUCCCCUAAUACGACGCCGUUUUCUCCUCUACCCUAAAACUAAACCCAAGAAAAAGCAAAACCAUUCUCUCUCUCCUCCCUGUUCAAAAUCAUCAUCAUCUUCUUCAAUAAAGUAAAGAAAAACACUCAGGAGAGAGAAACUUCUAGAGAGAGAAACUCAAGUAGUAUAGUAGAAGGAAUCUUUUCUAGGGUUUGGAAUUUUUCAAUGGCGAGUCCCCGGAUUCCGGCGACUCCUUCGCCGGUCAAUUUGAGGGCGAUUACUAUUACGCCGGGAUCAAGGAUUCUAGAUGUUUCUUCUCCGGCGACUAAUGGCCGGAAUUCUGCUUUUUCCGAUGAAGGGAUCUGGAAGCGUCUUCGUGAUUCUGGGUUUGAUGAAGAUUCUAUUCGUCGUCGUGAUAAAGCUGCUCUUAUCGCUUAUAUAGCCAAACUUGAAGCUGAGGUUUAUGAGCUUCAACACAACAUGGGCCUUCUUAUUUUGGAAAAGAAGGAUUAUGCUUCUAAGCAUGACGAAGUUAGAUUAUCUGCGGAUUCAGCUGAAGUAAAUCAUAUGCGCAAUCAAGCUGCAUUAUCAUCGGCUUUAGCUGAAGCAAAGAGGCGAGAAGAUAACCUCAAGAAGGCAUUGGGAGUGGAAAAGGAAUGCGUGGCAAAUAUUGAAAAAGCCUUGCAUGAAAUGCGCACUGAAUGUGCUGAAGUGAAGGUUGCAGCAGAGAGUAAAAUUGCUGAAGCUCACAGUAUGUUUGAAGAUGCUCAGAGAAAGUAUGCUGAGGCUGAGGCAAAGCUACACUCUGCUGAAUCUUUGCGAGAUGAAGCAAGACGUAGUGAACGAGCUGCAGGAAGAAAACUUCAGGAGGUUGAAUCUCGUGAAGAUGAUCUUCGCCGUAGAAUGGCAGCUUUUAAAUCUGAUUGUGAUGCCAAGGAGAAAGAAAUUAUGCAUGAAAGGCAAUCACUGGUGGAGAGGCAGAAAGUUGUAAGUGAAUCACAGAAUAAGCUGCUUGAUGGUCAAGCUUUGCUAAAUCAGAGGGAAGCUGAUAUCCGUGGUAGGUCCCAAGCACUGAGAAGGACUGAGAAAGAGCUGGAGGAUCAGAAAGAGAAUAUUGCUGCCGAAUGGAAGAAAUUAAUGGAGCAAAAGUCCAGUUUGGAGCUAAAUGCAGUUUCCCUUUCUGAACGAGAGAAGGCUGUCAUUGAAAAGGAGGUAUUAUUAAACAAGAAAGAGCAAGAUAUGCUUAUUUCACUAGAAAACCUUGCAAGCAAGGAACAGAUUGAAGUCCAAAAACUCAUUGCUAAACAGGAGAUUGAUUUGAGACAAAGAAAGGAGGAAUUUGAAGCAGAGUUGGUGGUGAAACAGAAACUGGCUGAAGAAGAUAUUGAGACAAAAAGGAGGGCCUGGGAGUUGCGUGAGUUGGAUCUUAAGCAGCGGGAGGAUAUUAUUUUAGAGAAGGAGCAAGAUUUGGAGGUGCAAGCAAGGGUGAUAGCUGAUAAGGGUAAAGAUUUAACGGAGAAGAUAAGAGUUCUGGAAGAGAAGGAGAGUAUUCUUCACAACUCUGAGAAUGAGGUUGAGAUAAUGAAAAAUUCUUUACUAAAAGAGAGGGAAGAGAUUGAUAAUGCAAAGAUUGACCUUGAGAAGUCUCUGCUUGAUUUAGAAGAGAAGAAAAAUCAUAUAGCUGAUGCGGAAAAAAGUUUGGAUCUCAUGAAGAGUGAAUCAAGUGAGCUUCUCAUUUUAGAAACAAAACUGAAAGAGGAGAUCGAUUCAAUCAGAGCUCAGAAUCUGCAACUUGAGGCUGAAGCUGAGAGAUUGAAGGUCGAGAAGGCAAAAUUCGAGACGGAGUGGGAGGUUAUUGAUGAAAAGAGGGAGGAACUUCGAAGGGAAGAAGAACGCAUAGCUGGGGAGAGACUGGUGAUCUCCAAGUUUCUCAAAGAUGAACGUGAUAGCCUAAAUUUGGAGAAAGAGGCUUUGCGUGAGCAAUACAAACGGGAUCUAGAAUCACUUUCUCUUGAUCGAGAAGCAUUCCGGUGCGAGAGUCAGCGAGAACGUUCUGAGUGGUUCACCAAAUUUCAGCAAGAACGUGCAGAUUUCUUGCUGGAGGUUGAAUGUCAGAAGAGAGAGUUGGAGGAUUGUAUCAAUAAAAGGCGUGGAGAUAUUGAAAGCUACUUAAAAGAGAAGGAGAGUGCCUUUGAAGAAGAGAAAAAGAGAGAGCUUCAGUAUAUUAGGUCUUUGAAGGAAGAUCUGAUUAUGGAACAAGAACGUGUUGCUUUAGCGUUGAAGAAGCUUGAAGCUGAGAAGUUAGAAAUCAAAUUGGACCGCGAGCAGAGAGACAAGGCUUGGGUAGAGAUACAGAGUCUGAUUGAAGAGCUUCAGAUGCAACGACUUAAACUAAAGGAGCAGAGGGAAUUGCUGCAUGCAGAUAGGGAAGAGAUAUCUUCUCAGAUGGAACAACUUAAGAAACUAGAGGAUGUGAAAGUCGAUAGUGAUAGACUUGUUGUGUCUCCCAGAAAGCAAAUCUGUGCAGAGUCAACCCCUGAAGUACGUUUACGCAUUCCUUCUAUGGAGCCAAAUCAGAAAGUCACAGCUGUGGAAGAUGGGCAAGAUACUGGGGGUGAUUCACCACCUAGCUCUACUGUUUCCUGGUUGAAAAAAUGUGCUACGUUGAUAUUCAAACCUUCACCUGACCAUGUUCCAUUGAAGCACAGGGAAUCAUCUUUGAACAUGGAGUGUGAGGAAAGAAACUCAGGAAUUUCAGCAAAAGAAUUAAUGAGCACUGAUGACAAAUCACAACAGGGAGUGCCUACAGAAAGUGCAGACCAGACUCCUAGAACUGCUUCAGAAGAGCCAAAAGUGAUUCAUGAAGUUCCUUCUGUGGAUGAAGGUUUAACAGAUCUGGAAGCAACAAAAGAUGUGCAUGAAAGCUCUGUCCCUCCUGCAGCAAGUGCUGGGCGAAAAAGAAGAGUUGAUGACUCUGUUCCUGGAAAAAAUGCUGUGCUUUUGAAUGAUGCGAAAGCUAAUAAGAAGAGGCGGCAGCAUCUUUCUGAUGCUCCUGACAGUAAUCCUCAUUGUAUGGAAUUCAAGCAACCAAGUGCUGUUAAUGAUCAAUUCAUCAUCAGUUCGUCGACACAAUAUACAAGUAAAGAGAAUGAAGUUGAAGAAGGUGAAAAAAAUUCUGAAGUCUCCCCAGAAAUGACUGAAUCUGGCAAAUCUUAUCAUCACGCCAAGCAAAUUGACUGUGAUAAAUCUGUACUGGUAGAGAAUGAAGCAUUCAGGUGUGUCAUUCAGAAGCAAACUGUGGUACAGGAAGUCCUUAUAAUGGAGGAUGUUGGAGAGGCAAAGCAGGUUCAUGAGGAGGAAGAUGCUACUGAGAUAACAGAGCUUGAGAAGGAGGAUCCUUCAAACGCCAAAUUAGAUAGUUCAGAAAUUGUGCCGGAGAGAAGAACAAGGUCAAAGUCCAAGCAGAAAUCAUGAGCAGUUGGUUCUAUCAACUGCUCCUGUGGUUAUGCUCAAGUCUUCUGUGUUCUGGAUGGCGGCAUUUACAUGCACAGUUUUAAUUUGGAGCAUGCUCAAUCUAAGGGGUUGGGUGAGCUCUUUUGACCUAGGUCUGCAGUAAUCUCGCUUGUGAGUUGACAUAUACAUGUAAAUGACUUAGAUAAUAGUGUGAUUCAGGGUGUAUUUAGUAGAUUCUUGAUAUGAUGUCUCGUAUAGAGUGUUGGGACUUGUGUUACCAUAUGAUUGGCAGGGUUGUUCAACCAAUCGAUUGUCAGAGCGUUUGUGCUGUGUAGUGGUGUGUAUCAGGGAGCUUUUUUUUGCUGCCCUGCGGCUAUGUUAGCUUCGGAGUAUAUUAUUGGUUUUGGAAAUGUUCAUAACUAACGGAUCAUUUUUACUGAAUGGUAAUUUCAAUCAAAAUCUUGAGAUUUUAUGACA